GCCAGUAGAAGGAGCUGCUCAGUCUUACCUAACCCCAAAGCCAAACAUACACAAACAUGGCGAUAUCACAAGCAAGCAGGAUGCAGUCUUCUCUUCGGUGUUCGUUUUAUUUAUUGGUCCUCUGGGUUGCAGGAAUAAAUUCGUCGACUCUUCGUCUUCACCCGGAGCAGCGCUACAUGCUGCCGCAAAAUAGAGGAUAUUUCACGAUAGACGCAAAUGGGGAUUUACCGGACGGGGAUGGAGGAGGCGCCGCGGCUUCAGCGCUGCGACUGGCCGCUCGUAGCGCUGUUGAAGGCGGAUGGGACUCCGGCGCCCCUCCGCUGCAUCGAAGCCGCCGGAGUGCUGGAGAAUCGACCAUGCCAAAGGUGUACGGACAGGCCAACCUGAAUGACUCUCAUAACCAGAUGGUUGUCCACUGGGCUGGAGAGAAGAGCAAUGUCAUCGUAGCCUUGGCCCGGGACAGCGCAGGAGCCACCGGGCCCAAAACCAGCUCUGUUUAUGUGUCCUAUGACUACGGUACCGCCUUCACGCUCGUCUCAGACAAGUUCCAACUGUCAGGCGCCAAGGCUAAGGACGGCAGCAAGCAGGUCAUCUCCCAGUUCUACCACAGCCCUGCAGACAACAGGAGGUAUCUUUUCGUCGACUCCACCAACAACUACCUGUGGAACACCUUCGACUUCUGUAAGAGCGUCCAGGGCUUCUCCCUCCCCUUUAAACCGACAGACCUGCUGCUCCACAGCAGAAGAUCCAACCUGGUGCUCGGCUACGACAGCUCUCACCCAAACAAACAGCUGUGGAAAUCAGACGACUUUGGGGAGACAUGGGUGUUGAUCCAAGAGCACGUGAAGACCUACUUUUGGGGCGUGGAACCCUAUGACCCCCCCACCACAGUGCUGGUCCAGAGACAUGAGCCUCAGGGUGUCUCCACUAUACUCAGCAGCACCGACUUCUUCCAGAGUGAACUGAACCGCAGAGUGAUCCUGGAGCAGGUGGACAGCUUUCAGCUCAGAGACAAAUACAUGUUCGCCACCACCACAAGGAAACUGUUUGGCAGCCAUGAACCAUCAUCUGUUCAGCUCUGGGUCUCCUACAACCGCCAGCCGAUGAAAGCUGCCCAGUUUAUGACCCGCCAUCCAAUCACAGAGUACUACAUAGCGGACGCAUCUGAGGAUCAAGUGUUCGUGUGUGUGAACCACCUGAACAACGUCACACACCUGUACAUCUCAGACACGCAGGGCCUGUCCUUCUCUCUGUCGCUGGAGAAUGUUCUGUAUUACAGUCCCGAGGGCUCCGGCAGCAACACGCUCAUCAGGUACUUCGCCAAUGAGCCUUUUGCAGACCUGCACCGCGUGGAAGGGCUGCGAGGCGUCUUCAUCGCCACGCUCGUCAACGGCUCAGUCAGCGAAGACAACAUGCGAUCCGUCAUCACUUUCGACAAGGGAGGGACGUGGGAGCUGCUUCAGGCGCCCACGGCCGACAGCCUGGGAGGAACUGUAGACUGCCAGCUCAGUAAAGGUUGCUCUCUCCACCUGGCCCAGCGCUGGAGCCAGCUGUUCAACAUCCAACUGAGGAGGAUGCCCAUUUUAUCAAAGGACUCUGCACCAGGACUCAUAAUGGCCACAGGAUCUGUAGGCAGGAACCUGGCCAACAAACCCAAUGUGUAUGUAUCCAGCAGUGCUGGAGCCCGGUGGAGAGAGGCAUUGGCAGGCCCUCAUUUCUACACAUGGGGUGACCACGGUGGUAUCCUGAUGGCUAUCGCACAAGGAGGCGCCACCACGCAUCUCAAGUUCAGCACCAACGAAGGUGAGACAUGGACCGACUUUCAGUUCUCAGACAGGGAGGUGUACGUUUACCAGCUGCUGACAGAGCCCGGGGAGAAGAGUACCAUCUUCACCAUCUUUGGCUCGUAUGCCGACCAGAGACACAGCUGGCUCAUCCUGCAGGUCAACACCUCCGAUGUUCUGGGUGUGCCCUGUUCUGAGGCUGACUACAAGCGCUGGUCUCCGUCAGAUGAACAUGGAAAUGAGUGUCUGUUGGGCAGAGAGAUAACGUUUAAGAGACGAACUCCUCAUGCGACAUGUUUCAACGGAGAGGACUUUGACCGGCCCGUCACCAUCUCUAACUGCUCCUGCACACGCCAGGACUAUGAAUGUGACUACGGCUUCAAGCUGAGUGAAGACUUAGCUCUGCAGGUGUGUGUGCCUGACCCUGAGUUCUUAGGUGACCUCUAUGCUCCUCCAGUACCAUGUCCUGUCGGCACCACCUACCGCCGCAGCAAAGGCUACAGGAAGGUACCAGGAGACAGCUGUAGUGGAGGAGAUGUGGAGUCCAGACUGGAUGGAGAGAUCCUGCCCUGUCCUGUUGGAGAGAGUAACGAGUUCAUCUUGUAUGCGGUGAGAAGCUCCAUCCACCGCUACGACCUGGCCACAGGCACCGACCAGGCCCUGCCUCUGGCUGGCCUCAGGCAGGCUGUGGCUCUGGACUUUGACUAUGACAGGAACUGUCUCUACUGGGCUGACAUCUCACUGGACACCAUACAGCGUCUGUGUCUGAACGGCAGCACAGGGCAGGAGGUCGUUGUGAGGAAAGACCUGCAGAACGUGGAGGCUCUGACCUUUGACCCCAUCAGUAGACUGCUCUACUGGGUUGACGCUGGAGCGCAAAAGAUUGAGGUUUCUAACCCCGACGGGGACCUGCGUCACACCCUGCUCAACUCCUCUAUCCUGGAACAUCCCCGAGCUCUUGUUCUACUGCCUGAAGAGAGUCUGAUGUUCUGGACUGACUGGGGAGACCGAGCAGCCGGUGUUUACCGGAGCUACAUGGAUGGAACCAACGUGUCCUGCAUUGUGUCGGAGGGCGUCCGCUGGCCCAAUGGGAUCACAGCUGACGACCACUGGCUGUACUGGACCGAAGCCUACAGCGACCGCAUUGAGAGGGCCGACUUCACCGGGGGCCAGCGGAGCGUUCUCAUGGAGGGGCUGCCCCACCCGUACGCCAUUGCUGUCUUCAAGAACGACCUGUACUGGGACGACUGGUCCAGAAUGGGGAUCUUUAAAGCUCCAAAAGCUGGCUCCCAGAACAAUGAGCUGAUUGUUGGCAGGCUGUCUGGAGUCAUGGACCUUAAGAUCUUCUAUAAAGGGAAGAACAGAGGCCAUAACGCCUGUGCCGACCAGCCAUGCAGCCUGCUGUGUCUGCCUCAGCCUGGACACCGGCACACCUGCGUUUGCCCAGACGGCACCCCGACUAUAACCAUGCCCAACGGAGAGCUGCAGUGCCAGUGUCCUACCGGAUACCAGCUCCAAAACAACACUUGUGUCAAGACUGAGCACAGCUGUUUGCCUAACCAGUACCGCUGCUCCAACGGCCGCUGCAUCAGCAGCAUCUGGAAGUGUGACAGCGACAACGACUGUGGAGACAUGAGUGAUGAACAGGAGUGUCCCACUACGACCUGUGACCCAUCCAACCAGUUUCGCUGCGUGGCUUCAGGUUCCUGCAUCCCCCUGGCCUUCAAAUGUGACCACGAAGACGACUGUGGAGACAACAGUGAUGAGGAGCACUGUGAGUCUCACCAAUGUGGUCCCGGAGAGUUUACAUGUGCAAGAGGUGUCUGUAUCCGUGAAGCGUGGCGCUGUGAUGGAGACAAUGACUGCAGAGACUGGUCGGAUGAGGCCAACUGCACAGUGGGCCACCAUACAUGUGAGGCCAGUAGUUUCCAGUGCCACACAGGUCACUGCAUACCGCAGCGCUGGAUGUGUGACGGCGAUGACGACUGCCAGGAUGACUCGGAUGAAGAUCCUCGAUAUUGCGAGGGAACUCGAUGCAAAGGCUUCCUCUGCUCCAAUGACACCUGCCUGCCAGCCACCGCCCACUGUAACGGCAUCCAGGAGUGUCCAGACGGUGCUGAUGAGCACAACUGUGAUCCCCUGUGUACUCGCUACAUGGAGUUUGUAUGUAAGAACCGAGCCCAGUGUCUGUUUCAGUCCCUGGUUUGUGAUGGGAUCAAACACUGUGAAGACGGCUCUGACGAGGACGCUGAAUAUGCUGGAUGUGCCACACCGUCUGAGUUUGGCAAAACGUGCGACAAAUUCACCUUCCAGUGUGCCAACGGAGUGUGUGUGAGCUUGGAGUGGAAGUGUGACGGCAUGGACGACUGUGGGGACUACUCUGAUGAAGCCAACUGCGCUGCUCCCACUGAGGUCCCAGGCUGCUCCAGGUAUUUCCAGUACGAGUGUAGAAACGGACGUUGCAUUCCAACUUGGUGGAAGUGUGACGGAGAGAACGACUGUGGGGACUGGUCUGAUGAGGCCCAGUGUACAGGUGGUGUUACUCCUCACACUGUGGCCCCUGGUCCCUCUACCUGUGCCCCCAACCGCUUCCACUGUGGCUCUGGAGCCUGUAUCAUCAACACCUGGGUGUGUGACGGCUACGCUGACUGUCCUGACGGCAGCGAUGAGCUGGGAUGUCCCACAGCAGCUAAUGGCUCUGUGACAGUGGCUCCAGAACCCACCCAGGCCCCGCCUCCCCCGCCAUCCCCUGGCCGUUGCAGUCGGGGUCAGUUCCUGUGCCGCAAACCCCCCCACUGCAUCCCUGACUGGCAGCGCUGCGACGGCCAUCUCCACUGCCAGGACGGCUCUGAUGAAGCCCACUGCCCCACCCGUGGGCCUCUGUUCUGUGUGAACGGGACUCGCUGUGCUGACGGUGAGGCCUGUGUGCUGGACAGCGAGAGGUGUGACGGCUUCCUGGACUGCUCCGACCACAGCGACGAGGACGACUGCACCUUGGACACCCUAGCCUAUAAAGUGCAGAACCUCCAGUGGACACCAGACUUCUUGGGUGCCAUCACUCUGACAUGGUCUCGUCCCAAAAACCUUCCUCCGGACUCCUGCUACUUCCUCAUCUACUACAGGCUCGUGGGCACUCAGCAGUGGACGAUCAUGGACACUCACAGCAAUAAGACCAGCUACAAACUCACCGUGCUGAAACCAGACACCACCUAUCAUGUCAAAGUGCUCACCCAGUGCCUCAGCAAGCUGCACAAGACCAACGAGGUGAUCACAGUCAGGACGCCGGAGGGAGUGCCUGACCCCCCCAGGAACCUGCAGCUGUCUUGUGAUAACGGUGAGGACGGGACGGUGGAAGUUUCCUGGAGCCCUCCUGACAAAGGACACGGCCUCAUCAGAGAGUACAUUGUUGAGUACAGUGAGCGAGGGGCUCUUGAUUGGACGUCACAGAGAAGCACCACAACCAGCACUGAGGUGAAGGAGCUGCAACCAGAGACUCUGUACAGGUUCAGGGUGGCAGCAGUGACCAGUCGGGGUGUGGGGAACUGGACUGAGGUUAAAUCCAUCACCCCUCAGAAAGCUCUGCCACCUCCCUCUGUGAUCGCUGACAGCAUCACCAGCGACUCCAUGAGCCUCUCAUUCAGCUUCAACUCCCAGUACGAGGUGAAACAGUACGUAGUGAUUCUUUCCUGGCAGUUUGACACCCACGUGAAGGAGAACAAGAACUACACAGUCAGCAAGAAGAUCCUCAAAGCUGUGAACCUGACAGCAGGGACGGUGUAUGAGGUGGCAGUGUGGGCUCACACCAGUAUAGGGGACAGUCCCACAGCCCUGUCCCAUCAUCAGACCAUUGGCGUCCAGCCAGACCGGCCCCUCAUCAAAGCCCGGGCCCUCAACCAGACCGCUGUGGACUGCAGCUGGACCAUCACCGGGCCCCCUGCUGAGGCGUAUGGGGUGUUUUACGCCACCUCCUUCCUGGAUCUAUACCGCCGUCCUCGUAUGGUCCGCACCUCUUCUCUCAGCCUGACAGUCAUCGUGGACAGUGAUGAACAGUAUCUCUUCCUGGUGCGAGCUGUUGCUCCCUUCUUGGGUCCCCCCUCUUUAUACACUGUGGUGAAAAUGAUUCCCAACGAGAGGCUGCCACCCAGAAACCUCCAUCGUGUGCGAAUAGACAAGACGCAGGCCACGCUGAAGUGGCAGCCGCCCUACGACGCCCCAAACGCACCUCUGACAUAUGCGAUCCAUGUGAGGGACGUGAUCCGUAAGGUGGAGCGGGACUACAAGCUGACCACCCAGAACAACACAGUGGAGUACCUGCUGAAAGGCCUGGAGCCUGGAGGACGGUACAGCAUCUCUGUCCGCCUGCGCAACAUGAGCAAGGAGGCCAGCUUCACUCUGAGCACAGUUCCUCUUCAGGCUCCUGAGGCCCUGAAGAUUUUGACGGAGAAAGACCACGUGUUCCUGUUCUGGAAGAGUCUGGCUGUCAGAGAGAAGGGUUUCAAUGAGAGCAGGGGGUAUGAAGUACAUGUGUAUGACAGUGUGACCAACCAGACAGCCUUCCUGGGAAACACCACAGAGACCUACUUCCGCAUCAGCAGCCUGAUGUUGGGACACAACUACACCUUCUCUGUGCAGGCCCGCUGCCUGCUCAACGGCCAGCUGUGUGGAGAGCCCGCCCUGCUGCUCUAUAACCAGCUGACAGCAGGUGCCAGUGAUGCCUCCCGCGGUGAGGGCCACUCGGGGGACAUGGCAGCAGUGGUGGUCCCGGUCCUCUUCCUGCUGCUGCUCGGAGUGUGCGGCGGCUUGGUGGCUCUCUACCUCCGACACCGCCGACUGCAGAACAAUUUUACCGCCUUUGCCAACUCCCAUUACAACUCCCGAUUGGGCUCUGCCAUCUUCUCCUCUGGGGACGAACUGGGUGAUGACGAUGAAGAUGCUCCCAUGAUCAGCGGUUUCUCAGACGAUGUUCCCAUGGUCAUUGCGUAGCAAGACGUCCCUCCAUUACCUAUCUCCUUCUUCCCUUCUCCCCUUCUCUUCCUCCCCUCCCACUCCCCUUUACUUCCUAUCAAUGGCGCGGUACGAUGGAGUGAAGAGCAAAUAGGCAGACACUUUGCCGUCAUCCCAAAUCAGUCGAUGGGAAACCACCCGAUUAGCAGGAAAGAUGAAGAAAAAUGGAAAAGUGUAAAGAGAGAAAGAGAUAUUUUUCAAAUAUACAAUGCACUUUUUUUGGAUGCGCAAUAACUUAUUUUUUAUAAUAUUAAAUAUAUAUAUAUAUGGGGUCAAAAAAGGACUAGGAGGAAGAGGUGGACACUGAAGCAAACUGUGAAGGAUUUGAGUUUGUUGAGCGCGCCAGGGAAAGAGAGACCCUAUUUGUAAUGCAAACUCACUAUCCAUUGGAGUGGUUCAUUGCUUAAAGCCAAAAUAAGCAUCCAGAGACUGGAAUAUAGAAUGCAAAAAACACACACAUACACACGUAGAAAAAAAAUCAAACUAUUAUAUAGACAUAUGCUGUAUACAAUAUGUACAAAGAAAAUAUGGAAGCAUUAAUAGUUACAUAUUUUGGUAAUAGUACAGUGUGUACUAUAGCAGUGUAUGUAACAUUGGUGCCCAGUGUGAGGCAGUUGGAAGAGUUAACUGUGGAUCAUUUAUCAUAAUUUACAGAAUCUGAAUUGUUUGUGUCUUUGAUCACGCUAUUGAUUACUGUAAACACAUUAACAAAGUCUUUGACACUCAGCGCAACCAAACAGAUCAGUGAUUGGAUUGACUAGUGGCACUAUGUAGUGUCCUCAUAGAUACACUUUUAUUUUCCACCACCAGCACACGGUUGUAUGUCUGUAUGUAGAGGAAACACACGUACCAAGAUACGAGAAUAUUCCUGGCCUUUGAGGGGAAACCAAUUCCUCUCAGCAUCACCAAGAUCAUCUGAACUGUUUGUAAAUAUUGGCUUUUAAUAUGUCCUCUCCUUGUAAUGCUGCACCAUAUCAUUCCGUAAAAUGUGUAUUUAGUUUUUCUUUUUAAAUCAUUCAGGACCAUGAAAUUAUCGUCCCCAGCAUUUUGCCAUAGCUGUAGUUGAAGAGGAAGUGUGUUUGGGGUUCUCAGGGAACUGUGUCGGAGCGGACACCCGCGCAGCACCACCAUCACCAUCAUGGCUUAGGCAGCACUGUCGAUCUACUGUUGAAUAGGUACAGAAACCUUUGAAGAGGUACUGGAUCAGCUGUGGGUGAAAUGACUGGCAGACGCAGAUUAUUGUCAGUAGUUGUGAUGAAGAGUCAGGUUCAGGCUCAGUGUCUGGUUAAGAUAAAAAUUUGAAGGGUCAAUUCGCCCAAAGUUACAAAACAACAUGUUUUCACAUACCUGAAGAAGUAGUCAUGCAGAGUCUUGGUUUUAUUUUCACAGGUUUUCAGAUAUUUAUCUUUGACAUUUUAAUAGCAAGACCUCUGUUUUUACAGAAACAGUGUCACUGUUACUCUAAUAAUCCACAGAUCUCACUAUGAUAAGUUUUUAUUAGAAGAACAAUUUUCUGCAGAGGAAAUAAUACUUCCUCUGCAGGUUAUCCAGAGUAAGAAGCCAAAUUUAUUAGUGUAACCUUGUGAUAUUAAGUGCGCUGGAAGAUUUAUGACUACUGUACUUAUAGGGCUAUAAGUGGCAAGCUUCUGUGGCUGGCGAGUUAACCAGUAACAUGUUAGCUAGCUGGUAAAAUGCUAGCAACAGUCAGCACCACAACCACCAUAACAGCCUGCCCAAUAGCUAGCAAGCCAGCUAACUCCUAGCUAAUAGCAAGCUAGUGAGGUGGGUCGCUAACCGAACAAUAAGUUGACACACCAAAUCUCUUUUUAAUUCCCUGAAUUAUGUAAAAUUGCAUUACUGCAAUAUAGCUUCCGCCAUUAUGGAUUCUCCAGGUCCCUGUUUUUACUCUUAAAAAGAAGAAAAAGAAAAUUUACAGAUUGUUUUUCCAGUGAUAGAGUACAACAUUUUCAGUAUGUGAAUAAAAUACAAUUAUGUUACAAUUACAAUUAGCGUGUCACAAAUUUUUUUUUUAAGAACAAUCUUUUUGUUCUCUCAAAUGUCAGCACUGUCAAAAUAAUUCGUGAUUGGUCAACAGUAUUAAUUUGCAAGUUCAUCAAAGUAUAACUACACAAUACAGUGUGGAUUUUUGGGCUGCAAAUAACAGAUGUUUUCAGUUAAUCUCUUUCAUUAUUUCAGAUUAAAAUGUCUGAAAUUAGUGAGAAAUGCCAAUCAAAAUGUUCCCAAGGUGACGUCUUCAAAUAUCUCAUUUUUUCCAACCAACAGUACAAAAAAGUGAUAUUAAAAAAAGCAGUAAAUCACAUCUUAGAGAAUGUUUGCCAACUUCGUAAAUCACUUAAACGAUUAAUAAAACAGCAAAAUAUUUCACAAUUAAUUUACUUUUGAUCAACUAAUGGAUAAAUCAACACUAGUGAAUUUCUUUUGCCUCCAUUCAUUCAUUGCAGCUCUUUAAUUAAUAAAUUGAUUUCCGUACACUUUCAGAAAAUUCAUGUUGGUGUUGAAUAUUUGUUAAAGUAAAUUUUCAAUAUUAAACCCCAUAAACAGAAUUAUAUCUACCGCCAUUGUGGUCGGAUGGAGGCUGAAAUCUCAAAACCUGAAUAAAUAAACAAAACAAUCUGCAUGGCUACAUAUCAACAGAGGUGGAGUGAGAUGAUUUUUCUUUUUUCUUACUCGGUUUGUCCCUUUAAGGACAGUGAGACCAAUUUGAAUCCGUACCAGUUGAUAGGACAGAGAUAUUAACCUGUGAGGAUAUUUUCUCUCUGUCUGUAUGUACAGAAGCUCAUUGUUGCACGUCUGUAAAUGUGUCAAUGUAGAAACCAUAUUUGGGCGUCAUUGUCUUUGUUCUGCUCCCGCCCCUCCCUCACCUGACUCUGUACUGUAGUCCAUAACUGAAAUUUUGUGUUUUGCCUCUCGGCUUGAGCCAUUUGAACUGAUGGUGUCUGCUUGCUAUUGACCUUGUUUUUGUUUUUGUUUGUAAAGAUGUCUUCAUGAAUGUAUUUUAUAUCUGUACUUUUUAAGGUAUUGUCCCAGCUCAUUAUGCUACCACCACCUGUGAAGUUGAUGCGCACUCUUGUUUGCCCUAGCUACAGUGAAUUUGUAAAGCACCCAUCCCAUCGUGGAAAACACAUGCCUUUUUUUUGUUACUCUGUAGACUGGCUUCUGAAGAAAUAUCCUUAGAGCCCAAUUUAUUAGCCCAGAGCAACAGACCAAACCAUUUAUUUGUCUGGUGGAGCCCAAAUAUUCUCCAGCCCAAAUAUUUCUUUCAUCAUCAUGGCUCUUAUCCCAGAUUAUAAAACGGUGUCUGGUCUGACAUUUAAGGUUUCCUCCAGACUUUUGCUUGAUUUGAUGGAGCUCCUUGCCCUGUUCAUGAGGUACUUUGAUCUGUUUUCUUGGCCUUAAAACUGAUUAUUCUGGCAUCGAUGCUGUUUUUGCUCUGUGGAGUUUCUCUGUUUUUCUGAUGUUUGUUUCUGUUUUGCCACAUAAUGCCUUAUUAGAACACAUUGGGUUUCUAUGUAAUGUACUGUUUGUAUGAUAGAAAAGUGCACACGCAUGCAUACACACACACACAAACACACACACACUAUACCCAUACACGAGGAUGAGGAGGAAGUUACUGUUAGGGCAUUUGGUUAAUUUUGUCACAUCACUGCUCCUUUCUGCGUCGGCUGCUGCAGCCACACGUGGUGUGUACGCCAGCCUCUUUUUAGUCAGGUUUUUACAUGUGUACAAAGUAUGAUUAUUGGUUAUAAUGUGACCGUUUGCUCCUCACUUAAUGUCGACUCUUGUCAAAUAGUUUGCUUCAAAAUGUCGUUUGGCACAGAGUUUGAUCAUGUUGGACUUGGCCAUGUUUGAAGAUAUUAAUGUCUUGCUCGCUUAUCUCAGAGGUUGCAAGAAAAUGAGAUGUUUGGAGAAACAGUGUGAGGUGUUUUAAAAACCACUUAUACUGAAAUAAAGUUGCUGAAAAUCAAA